GGGGCCGUGCGGGGCCGCCGGGCGGGAGGAGGGAGGAUGAGCGGCGCGCGGCGCAGGGAGGAGCCGCCGCACGCGCAGCAGCACGCGUUGGCCAACGGCGGCGGGGCCGGGCCGCGGGGCUCCGUGUGGGGCAAAGCGCUGCGCAGCGACUCCGCUUGGCACGACAAGGACGAGUUUUUAGAUGUCAUCUACUGGUUCCGACAGAUCAUCGCGGUUAUUCUGGGAGUCAUCUGGGGGGUGGUUCCCCUGAAGGGAUUCGUGGGGAUCGCGAUAUUCUGCCUGAUCAAUGCUGGUGUUCUGUACCUCUACUUCAGUAGCUUCCAGCAGAUAGAUGAGGAGGAGUACGGGGGGACAUGGGAGCUAACAAAGGAAGGAUUCAUGACAUCUUUUGCACUGUUUCUGGUUGUUUGGAUAAUCUUCUAUACUGCCAUCCACUAUGAUUGACACGGUCUGCAGCUUUUGCCUGUUAAAUCAGUUGUCAGUAAAUCAAGGAGGUUUUAAUAAAUCAUCAUCUUUAGCAGACUGGUGGGAAGGCUGGGGAAGUCCAAUCAAGUUCCUUCUGAUUAGCAUGGAAGAGCUCCACCUCUUCUGCUGGAGAAGCCAAUCCAACUCUGUUUUAUAUAUCCAUUAAUUACUGGAACUAUUAAAAAGCCAUUGGAAUUUGUGGAAGUAGUUCAAGACUGUUCAGAUUUUCAACUUUCUGCGAUUCUAGCCAGUAACUGUAUCAAACUCCUGUAUGCUGAAGAUUGAAUCCGUUAAUUUAAUGUAUGUACGCCCUGUGUUUGGAAUCUGUCAUUACAUUCUGACAUGUCUUCCAUUGUUGUCCUUUAUGCAGGCAGGUUUUUAAAAAGUGAUUGCAGGGUUGGUGGGAGGAAGGCCCUGCAGCACCAGGAUAUGAGUUCAGUGGCUGCCCUCAGCAUGUUUUGUAGUAAUCAGACCUGAUUUGAUUAAACCGUCUGUGUUGGUACAAUUUCUCAUAGUUUGUUUUACUUGCUAAUCAAUCAUUUGUUCACCAGAAUUUUCAAAUAGUCCUUGCUGAAGACAAAAUUUUAAGCAACUUUGCUAGAAGGAACUGUGAUUAAUUUUGUUAAUGAAUGUUUAACUUAAAAGACAUGUUCCAGAGGCUUGGAAACACCACUGCAUUUUGCUGGCCUGACUAUGAAAUUGCCAACACUUACCUCAGAGCUCAGUGGUCUUGAGGAACUGUCAUAAUGCAGGUGCACUUGGAAUGGUAUGCAUUUGAAUUCUACUUUUUCAUUUGUUUUUAAAAGUUUUUUAUUUUAACUGGCUUCAGAUGUUCUUUGUUAAUGAAUGCAGGAGACUAACACAAUCGAGGCAGCUAAUAUCUUAAAUGUACAACUACUAAUUUGUAAAUCAGGCAGAUUCAGCAAAGUACAUAGCCUCUGGUUUGCGAGGUGCUCUCUGAGUCGGUCACACCAUAGCUCAGUUCCUUUCAAUUCAUGCCCUUUUUAUGCUUUGGUGAGGAGUCUCUGCUUUGGAAGUAUUUUUAAGGACCUGUAUUUCACAAGUAGUGACUGAGAAAUGCACAGUCCUUGUUUUUGCCAGAGGACUUUGCAGCCUAGCUGCUGUGUGGUUCUUGCUUUUAUAAACAACAAACCAUUUAUCCAAACAGAAUCCUGACUUGAAGCUGCCUUGUAGCGAGGAGCUGAUGGUUUUAGCAUGCUCUUGGUGGAAGUCUGUGUUGGUUUCUUGGUGGAAGUGCAACACCUCGGUUCUUGCAUAUGAGUAUGCAAAGCCAGGAAUCUGAUUCUCCAGCUGCUGAGCUGGGGCUCCAGAACUGACCCACCUGUGCAGGUGGCUUUCCCUUACCAGGGAGAAUGCUGGCUGCUCUCGGUGGAGGAAAAACACCCCUGGGUAACUUAGGUGCUUGGGAUGCUGAGGGAACAGUGCAAUAGCAGGCAGCUUCUGCUACAUGUGAGUUGCCAAAUUAAGUAAAUGAUCUCAAACAAGAGCUAUAUUUGCUCCUUCCCAUCCCCAAACUUGCUCAACCUUUUAGUCUGAUGCUUCUUUUUUUCCUCUUACUUCAGCUGAAAGCAUUAACUUCCCAUGACGAUUAUACAGCCUGCUACUUCAUAAUCACUCUUUGCUACUGGCAUCUGUUUGCAGCCAUUGGGAGAAUCACUGUAUACUUGAAAUGCGCUAAUAAAUGUCACCUGGAUAACCCGC